CUACUUUCUCGCAUGUCGCGGCGCUGAACCGUGUGCUGCCUGCUGCGACGCGUGCAUCAAAACGCCGCAGCGCUCUCUGCCGUCCCCUUCUUACGCUAGUCCUCCUUCAGGCGCUCGCUCGUUCGUGCAUCAGCGGACCUCUCCGCACUGCUUUCCACUCGUUUCGCAUCACAUUCCUUUCCUUUUGCUGUCGUGGCACUGCCGAAUGAGCUCACCAGCUGCUGGGAUGUUCACGCCCCCGCCUUCUCCGUAUCUCUCAAGCGCGCCCAUGCCAGGAGAAAAUGCAGGCCACCACCCUGAUGCACUGCUUCCAAUCUCGCGGUCAGGCUCCCCGUCUACGUCAACUUCGCGGUCUUGUUCUCCUUCCUCGUCGGUGCCGACAUCCUCGCCCUCUUCCUCCCCCAUGCACCACCCACCCUCGCUGCAGGAAAAAUUUCUGCUGGGUCUCGCGAGAAAGCACUGGAUUGCGUGCCGGAUACGUUGGUCGAUCCUGCUCGUUCCGAUAGCACUGGUUCUCAUCACGCUCUCCACACGCUCUCUAUCGCAUCCACCUGUGCUCGACUUGUUCUCACCAGACUCACCUCCGCAGGACUGGCAGACAGUUGCGUCAGCUUUGAGAAACUGGCGGACACAUCGGCAUGAUCGACGAGACUCUGACACUAUAGCGAACGCCACACUCAGCGAUGCCUCGUAUGCGCCUAGUAGCACAACGGAAUCUCUAAAAGGCAUUUUCAUUCCAGCGUCCACAUCGUCUACGACAGUGACAGCGCCAAGCGGAUCUGAACCGGCACCAUCAGCGAGCGCGGAGAGUUCGGGAAUCCCAACCAUUCCCUCGUCCGACCCAGUGCUCCCGACGCCCUUCCCGCAACCACUCGACACGACGCUCUCCAAGAAUUUCUCGACCGAAGGAUGCUACGAGUUCUUCCUGAAUAUGACAGAGGCGUCGGCGUUCCGCGAUUGCAGGCCUUUCUCUUUGCUCCUGCAAGCUUCGACGGCAUUUUACGAGGCAACGACUAAUCUAACGCUUGUCAACACGAUCGUGUGGGGUACAUGCAACACGGAGCCAAAUGCAGAGCAAUGCUCCGCGAACAUGGCAUGGUUCGCAGAGGAGCUGCAAACCGUGUGUGCGACUGACCUGAAGGCCAACGUCGAAACGGCCACGAGCACUCUUAUCGGUCUGCAAGCAUACACGCUUAUGCGCGAAGUCGCCUGCUUCGCGAAUGCAACUUCGGAAGCGUACUGCUACCUCGAUGCGGUGAGCGACACGCACGUGGACGACUUGUACUUGUACCAGCUCCCCCUUGGCUCGCCGAUCCCAAACUCGACGACGUUUAGCUGCGGCAAUUGCACGCAGAACGUGAUGGCCCUGUAUUUGAACGAGGGUUUGAACAUUACGGGCAUGCGGGAUAAUUACGAAAACGCGGCGGUGCUUGCGAACAAAGCAUGUGGGAGCAACUAUGUAUCGACGUUGCAGGAGAAAACCAGUGCUGCGGUGCCGUUGAUGGCGCACGUCCCGUUGGGUUUGAUGCUGCUCGCCGUGGGAGUUGCGGGCGCGCUGGCAUGGUAGCGAUCUGUAUUUAUCCUUGUCGGUGGACUGAGGGCUUGUAAAGGUUUGUUGGGGUUUGAGCAUUGCACUGGACUUCAUUUUGAUACUGUCUUGCAUCGUUUAUCUGCGCACGUACAUACUCUUUCAUUUGCUGCAUGGAUUCAGUGUUCUUUUUUUUUUUAACUUAUCUCGCAUACCCUACGUUGACUAUUGCGCAUGAAGUGUACCAUUUUUCUUAAUAUUCCUUGUGGACUGUUUUGAUUUUACGCUUGAGAAACCGGAAGUAGAGCUCUAUGCGGACGGAUAGGACCAAUAUACAUACAUGUAUGCUUCCCGAUCAUGGCUAUGCGACGUGACAGAUGUGGUCUUGAUUUACAUUCUUUGCUACAUAGGAUUUGAGAAUGAUCAAUCAAAGCGAAAACUAUCAAUCAGAC